AUGAAGCAGAAGUUGGACGAAGAGGGUAACAAGUGCAGCAUCCUCUCCAAGCAGCAAAAGUUCAACGAGCACUGCUGCAUUCGCUGCUGCUCCCCUUUCACAUUUCUUAUCAACAGCAAGCGGCAGUGCCAGGACUGCAAGUACAACAUCUGCAAGAGCUGCAGCUCCUACCAGAAGAAGGAGAAGGCUUGGAUUUGCAGCGUCUGCCAGCAAGCAAGGCUGCUGAGGACCCAGUCUCUGGAUUGGUACUAUAAUAAUGUCAAAAGCCGCUUUAAGUGUUUUGGAAGUGCCAAAGUCCUGAAGAACUUGUACAAGAAGCAUAGACUGGAGAGUGGAGUGGCCUUUGGUGUCCUACUGGGAGGUUUUUGCGAAGGAAGCUUUGAAAAUGAAGGAAGCAUUUGUGGCAGUGACUCUACAUUCUACCAGCAGACAGAAGGACACAGCAUGAUGGAUACCCUUGCCGUGGCUUUACGUGUUGCAGAGGAAGCAGUGGAAGAAGCUAUAUCUAAGGCAGAGACCUACAGUGACAGCCUGGACAAGCAGAAUGAGGCUUGUUACUUGCAGGAGCACAAGGAGGACCUUAUAGAAGAACUGGCCACAACCAUCGUGCAGAAGAUUAUAAGGAAGCAGAAAAGCAAAUCUGUGCCUGCUGAGGCUGACUUUGAAUGGCCACCAUCCCGGAGCAGUGGCCUGGCGUCUGUCGCUGUCUCAGAUCAGAGCAUGCUGACUUUUCCAGGGAGCCGCAGGGGUUCCUACACGUUAUGGAGGUCUCAGUCUGCAUUCUCCCUGGCUAGUGAAGAUACGCCUGGUAAAGGACUAGACCCUGCUUUGUCUGGGACUGAGGCUCUUUGGAAGCAGCAAAAAGGACAAUUGAGGAAACAGAAGGAAGGCAAGCUCUCUGCAUUACCCAGCUGGAAAAGUGUGGACAGGCUAAAUGAAUCAAAUCCGCCUCCCGUUCUUCAAAGCACUGAUGGGAACUGGGUAGCUCUGCAGAACGUCGCUUUGCCUCGUCCUCGGAUGCUUGCCAAACCAAAGAGUCAAGUGUUCAAAGCUUUGGAGAAUGAAUCCAGUAUUGUGUCUGCCUACGACGAGAUGGGCUCAGACAGUGAGGAUGACUACGAUUGGAAUGUGGCCUUGAACAAGCUGCGUCGGAGACCUCGUCAGUUAGCAGAUGAUUUCUAUUAUACUAGUUCCCAGUAUGGCACUGACUGGGUUUAUGGCAAUGACCAGUACCAGGCAGCCACCUCCCCUUCCUCUGGGUUAUACACCAACACUGAGACCCUGUUCUCCGAUUCGGAAAGCUCGUCAGUAAACUCUUCCCAGGAAGCUAAAGGACCUAGCAAACUUCUCUGGUUACAAAGCAGAACUCAAAGCGAUGAGCCCAGAAUGGAAAAAAAACAUUUCCACGGAGAACUGGAUGUAAAUUUUAAUCCACAAGCAACCAACUUGGAGUAUUCGGACAGCAGUGGGAUGGAGGAAGUCCCUUAUGGUAUAGAAAAGAGAUCCAAAAGGUGGAGGAAGAACAAAGAAGGCUCUGAAGAAUUAUGUGAAGACAAAAACUGCACAAAAGCCAACAAGAUGAAUUUAAGCCAGGAUUUUGAUGAUUUAUCAGAGGCAGAUAUAAGCAGUGAGGAUCAGCAUCAUAAUAUCAAGCCUGACCUUAUGGAAGAGGAGGUUAAAUCCAGGUUAUUUCAUCUUGCUGCUAAAGUGAGUGACAAGGAAACAUCUUCUGGUGAAGAGCAAGAGUCAGAAGCUAGAACAGACCCUGGAAACCAGAAGGAGACUUUGUCCUCAGAGGAAAAUGGCAGAAGUAUUCAGGAAGAGUUGAAGAAGAAGUACUCUGCUGUCUCUCUCUGCAACAUAUCUACAGAAGUCCUCAAAGUCAUCAAUGCCACCGAAGAACUGAUUGCAGAAUCCACUGGUCCCUGCGAUCUCCCAGCUGACAUUCAGGAGAAAGGACGAGGGACCUUCCCACUGGGGACAGACCCUGUCAGGCUUGACGAGCAGCUCACCACGCUGGAAGAAAAUGUGUACCUGACAGCCAGCACCGUGUACGGGCUGGAGGGACAGCUGACCAACCUAGAAGAUGCUGCACGCCAGAUCAAUAGUGUGACUGCAGAAUCUGAGCUGGCUGAGCUGGAGGAUCAAGUGGCCACAGCAGCUGCCCAGGUUCAUCAUGCGGAACUUCAGAUUUCAGAUAUUGAGAGCAGAAUAUCAGCUCUCACUGUUGCAGGCUUGAACGUGGCUCCAUGUGUUCGCCUGACAAGGAAACGGGAUCAAAAGCAAACGAACCAGAUGCAUACAAUAGACACAUCAAGACAGCAGAGAAGAAAACUUCCAGCUCCGCCAAUUAAAGAUGAAAAAAUAGAUGAUUCUCCAGUUACCACUGUCAGAACAUUUAACAGGAACUUCAUGCUUCAAGGAUCUCUAACACAAAGAACUAAAGAGAGGAAAAGCACUGCCAAGGACUUAAUGGAACCCACUGUAGGAUCUGCUGUGAUGUACUAA